AUGAAGGUGAAAGUUUCGAGGAAUAAUCUAAUUAAUCUGUCUAAAUCAAUCCACCAGCGACAUCAUACUCAAGUGCUAUCUAACUAGUAUGCAACUAAUGAAGAUGAUUUCUUAAACAAUAUUCCUGAUGAAAUUUGCUAUUAAAAUACUGCUUGCAAUUAUAAACUCACAACUAUACCAACUCAAAUAGUUUAAAAAAGCUAUGUAGAGGAAUGCGAAAUGAGUCAGACUUCAAUCAAGGAUGAACCUAGGAGUAUAAGAAAUAAUAAAACUGGAAUAUCCCCUGGCAGAUUGACUUCUCGAGUGAUGAAAGCAACUCCAGUAAACCUAAUGAGGUUAUUUGAUAAUUCAGACAAUUAUCAAUAGCUACUUUAAGACGACUUUGAUUCUAGCAGGGCUCUACUUAACUCAAGCACAAUCAAAGAUUUACUCAAAUCUGAUUUCAGCAAAGGAUUGCAUCAGCAGAAACUUAGAACUGGCAGUCAAUCUCCAUACUCAGCAAGAGUUAAUAAUAUUAAAAGCUAGUAUAGCUAACCUAGAAUUAAGAAUAGAUAGAUGCCUUAAACUAAAAUAAAUCUUACAAGAUAUACCAUUCAAUAACAUUAAAAGCCAACUCCAAGAAACAGCAAAUAGGAUUAAAGCUAAAAUCAGGAUCAUCAUAGGAUAAAUAAGCAAACUCAACAAUAAUUAGGCUAAACUAUGCUAACUUAAUCUCAAAUUGGAAAUGCAGUAACUGAAUAAUUAGCUAAAGCAGAUGAAGGACGCAAGACCUUCACAGGAAUAUCUAAGACUAGAAUAUAGCAAGCAAGAAAUAAACUUAUAAAGCAAUAAUAAGAUGCAAGGAGACAAGAGAUACCUCUAGAGCUUAAAUUAUUAAAAUAUAAUCAAACAAUCAUGGCUUAAACACAGAGAGGUGGUAAAGCUGAUAAUAAUGCAAAUUCAUUUUAAAUGGUGACCAGUAGAUCUCAAGAUAAAUCAGGGUCGAUUACACCCACAAGGGCAAUGGGAGUGGAUUAAAGAGCUAGGAGUAGAAAUAUAGUUGAGAGAUACCUCAACAUCAAUAAAUCCUAGCACAGUCUUUAAGAAAAUAAUCACAGAUUCUAGUAAAAUUAGACUGUAGCCAUUCAAAGCAACAAGACUAGGACAUUUAAUAAUAACAAUGACCUGAAUAUAAAGCAGAGUAUCUAAGUAGACUUGAAUGAUACAGAUUUAGAAGAUAGUGAUAGUGAUACUAUUGAUGAAAUUGAUGUUAAUGAUAUCGAAGAAUAGAAUAACUUAGUAAGGUCAAAAUAUUCGCCUAAGAAAUAUCCAAGAAACCCUUCAAGAUCUCCAUCCAGGUUAUUUAGAGAUAAUAUGACUUGCAGAACUGAUAGAUCUGCAAAUCAUACAUAGAAUAACAGCAAGAAAAGACCUGCUGUGGAUGAGCCUUAGACCUAGCAAAGAAACUCCAUCAUAGAAUUCGAUGCCAGAGAAACUAAUUCUAAUUCAGAAGUGCAUACAUUCAAAAGAGAGAAAAAGUAAAAUAGACAGAGUCAUACUAAUUACAUAGUGCUGCCGUCAAGAACUCAAAAUAAGCAAUCACCUUGA